AUUUAUUUGUUUGAUUUUCUAUCAGAAGAACCACAUUUUUUUGUGAAAGAACCAAGGACUCUUGAAUGGAACUCCUGAACAAAAUGAAGGGCAGAAGAGAAGAAAAGAACAAGAGAAAAGAGAAAGUGGAUGAAAUGUGUCGCUGACUUGGAAGGAUUGGGAGAGAGGUUGACAAGGAGCGGGGCGGGACGGCCAAACACAACAGCGAGGCAUUGUGUCCGUACACCAGGCACCGGGAGACACACUCCAACACGUUUGUGCAUUCACACACUGACACGGCGAUGCACACACGCUUCUGCCCACUGCCACACAGGCUCGGCAUCGCGGAGGGUAGACCCAGCUCCAGUUCAGUCCCUGGUGCAGAAGCUGGACCACCUUCUGUUCUCAAACCCCAACACUCACAGCAGCUUCUUCGGGGGCCAUAUCUCAGGGCCAGGAAUCCACCACAUCCUCACCAAAGCAAGACACUUUCAGCUCUCACUUCUGGACCACAACAAAAGUGAGAACAUCCAAGGGGCUAUUUCAGGUUCUCUGCAGUGAAAGCCUCCUCAUAUCCAAGACGCCGGCGGUGGAGCUCUGUGUUUAGACUGACUUUGGAACUGUUUCCAGACAAGAUUUGACUCCAAGUGAAGCAACAUCCGUCACCAUGGCAACGACAGGGAUGCAGCUGCUGGGCCUGAUCAUGUCCAUUGUGGGUUGGGUGGCCGGGGCAGUGGUCUGUGCUCUUCCACUGUGGAGGGUGACAGCCUUCAUCGGCAACAACAUCGUGACGGCUCAGAUCAUAUGGGAAGGUCUCUGGAUGAAUUGCAUCGUGCAGAGCACCGGUCAGAUCCAGUGUAAGGUGUACGACAGCCUGCUGGCUCUGCCCAGCGACAUGCAGGCCGCCCGGGGGCUCACUGUCUUCUCCAUCUUGCUGUGCGGCCUUGGUCUGACCCUGGGGGUCCUGGGAGUCAAGUGCACCAAAUGCAUCGGCGUGAACAGCUUGAAGGCUCGCAUCGCCCGCGUUUCCGGUGCCCUCUUCGCCAUCGCCGGCUUCCUCUACCUCGUGCCGGUCUGCUGGACAGCCCACUCCAUCAUCAGGGAUUUCUACGACCCCCAUGUGGCGGCUCCGCACAAACGUGAACUUGGCCCGGCGCUCUACAUUGGCUGGGGCGCCUCCGCUCUACUCCUGAUCGGAGGAUCUCUGCUCUAUGCUGGGUCCAGCCCUCCUGGUCUCCCUGGUUCUCCCACCUACAGCAGCGGGGAGAGUAGCCCUCGUAGGGCUCCUGCGUCACAGGUCAAAGGCUACGUCUAAGACCCGACAAGUUUAAAGCUCUGACCAACCCUGUAUCUUGCCUUUCUGCUCUGUUGUAAUUAUUUUGUACUUAAUGUUUAUCGUGAUAGGCUGAAAAGGGUUUAUUAUUUCAUACAACAUCCACCAAUAACAUUUGUUUUGCUGUCUGUCUGUGAAGUCAUAAUAAAACAUAGUCUUCCCUUCAUUUCACUGAGAAAACAUGAGCACAUUUCAUGUAUGAUUAUGAUGAUUUGUAUUGUAUUUUGGGUCAAUUUAGUACGGAGAAACAGCACUUCCUUUCACUUCUCCAAAAACUGUUAGAGUUCAGCAUCACUUUCCAUUAGGAAUAAGUGGAAGAUAAAAGAACUGACAAAGUACAUCAAACAGGAAAUGGGUGAGAUGAUGCUCAAACUAUGCUGAAAUUCAAUAUAUAAAAUAAGAUUGGACUAAAUGGAGAAGUUCAAAAUGUUUUUUGUUCUUGUUUAGAAGAAAAGAUUGAAAACAAUCGAGUGGAGUUGUGUCCUUCGUGCACAAAGGAACAAUAGUGCGUGUGAUCUUCUGACUCCGCAGUACCAAGGACAAAACAUUCUUUUUCUCUCAUGAAGUGAAACACAUUGGAUCGCAUGAAUUAUCCAGCAAAACCUCAGUGUUCUCCACACCAUUUCCUUCUGUAGCGCAGGAAAAAAAGCUACGUUGGGGCAAAGCAGUCAUGUUAUGUUAAAGGAUUUAUGUUAUUAUUGGUCUUA